GAAGCAACCUCCACGCUCCCAGUACGCAGCAGAUGACGAAGGGCGGCGGCAGCGAGACGGGCGGGUGCCUCUGCAUCGGGGCGCCGAUGCGCGCGCUGUCGCGGGCGUGCGACUCGGCCUGCGACCUCUACGUGCGCGGCAUGUCCGGGUGCGCCACCCGCGUGCCGGCGGGGGCGGUGGCAGGCGGCCGCGGCUCCGGCUUUGUCAGAUCGGCCACGGCCGUGCACCUGUGGACGAGCUCCGACCGCGCCGACGACCUCGUCCGCGCCGGGUCGACGAAGCAGCGCCGCGUGGCGACGGCCGAUCAGCCGGCGGAUGUCGGGGCGGCAAAGAAGGGCCGCCUUAGUCCGGUGGCGCCGGCGAUCGUGCCGGCUCGGAGGAAGGGGCCGGCGAUGGCGACCAUCGCCGAGAACGGGCCGUGCGACUUCGGCGCCUGCGCGCUGAGGCCACCGGAGCUGAGGAAGCGCGCCACGGCGGUCGGCGGGCAGGGCGCGCCUGGCGGUGGGUUUGUCGCCGUCAUCGCGGGGACCGAGGCCUUCGCGGCUCGAUCGUGACGCGUGCGUGCAAGACGCGCGCGCGUAGCGGCUGUGUACAAAACUAGCUUCUAGAAGUCCAGAGGUCGAUUUCACCCAACACACCAGUUUUCUCGCACUUUCUCGUGAUUUCUUGCUGAUGUGUAAACAGUUUGACAAGUAGUGCAAAUACUAUUAUGAUCCGCGCAGAAUAUAGUGCAGAUAUAAUGACAAAGUCUGUUUUAAA